AUGUCUGCACUGGCGAAUGGCGAGGUGUCGGAUGGCAAUAGAAGUAAGCGAUUAUUAGAGAAUGGGUAUCACUCCUUGAAUUCAGAAAAUGCUACCAAGUUCAAGGUCAGAAAGGUGUCAGCUACCCGAGAUUUUCCUCAUAUGUGUGGUCAUGAUUAUCUGGUUGUCAAAUCAGAAAUGAAAGGAAAUGUUACCCCUGAAGUUGGUGGAAAUCAUGCUAUGCUGAAAACUGACGCCUCACAGGAGUUGGCCAACUUUGAUCUACCUCAAGAUGCAGAGAUAAAUGGUGUCGUUGCUUCUGCUUCAGAGUCCACUGUUACGAAGAAUGAAACGGAUGUCAAGGUUCUUUCUCAUGAAGAUCUGGAAAGUUCAGUUGGGGAAGAUGGAAGUAAGUCACUGGAUAUGUUUUCUGAAAGGGUGGAUGCAGGCGAUGUACAUGAUAUGGUUGCUGUGACGCAUCAAAUGGUGUUACAUUUCAAAUAUAUGGAAUCUGAAUCAUUGAAGGACCAUGAGAGUAAAAGUGUGGACAUGGAAUUUGCCAAGGAUGGGAAUGUGAAGGAGACAAAGGCUUCAGCAAACCAGUUAAGGAAUGGAGAAGUUGCAGCUUUUGUGAAGCACCUUGAUGAAGAUGUAGUGAAAGCUUCAGGUGAAGUUGGUCGCUUGAUCCAAGGGAAGAUUUCUGUUCCCAGUCCAAAGAAUAAAUUUCACAGAAGAAGAAUCUCAGCCACACGUGACUUUCCUCUGUAUUGUGGAGUAACUUCUGCACCACCUAUUGAUCAUAACGAGCGUUUAAAGUUCACCUCCGGGGAGCCUCUGUGUGGGGUUAGUGAUGCUAAUGAGGAAAAGGGUGUGGAGGCAUUGAAGAGCGGAGCAGAUACCACUUCAUCGCUGGAGAGACGGACUAAGAUGGUAGAAGAGUACCCUUCGGGCAAAUUGGGGACUACUGCAGAAGUUGGUGAUCCUGUCUUGUCGAUGAGUUCUGGCUAUGCAAUAGAAAGGGGAGAACCUCGAAAUAGUGAUCUAAAUGUAACAGAACCUGUAGGGACAGUGAGUUCACAGAAGAAUCCUCAGGAUACUGUUGUGGCUGAUGGUGAUGAGAAAGAUCAAAGUUUAUCUAGCAGUCAGAUGGGUUCUCUUGGGCAUGCCCAUAGAACCAAUAGGAGGGCUACAGGUGACAUAGUUUUCUCGGGACAAGAUGAUAAUCAUGUGAUUGUGAAUGCUUUGGUGGCGGCAAAACAUUGUCCUUGGAGGCAGGAUAAAUCGACUGCAAUAUCAGGUGGUUUGAUGUUUGGAAGUCAUUCUAAUAAAAUGAAAACAGCCAGGGGUAGUAAGUCAAAAGCAGUUGCUAAGAAAAAAAUGGUCAAGGUUCAUUCAAAGCCACCUCUCAAAAAGAAGGCUAUCUCUCCUUGCAAGCAUUCGGUUGAUGGUCCAGGUGCAAUAUACCUUCAGGAUGAAGGUGAAUCUGGUUCCGAAAGUGAGUUUCCCCUUCCUUCUGUAGAUGUGACCUUGCCUCCUUUUGGUCCUAGUUCGGACACUGGUAAUGCUCGCAACAAAGUUAGAGAGAUCCUCCGUCUCUUUCAAACUUUGUGUAGAAAACUUCUGCAUGGAGAAGAAUCAAGACCAGACAUGCCAAAGAUCAAAAGGAUUGAUCUUGUAGCAACGAAGAUUAUGAAAAAGAAAGGAAAAGAAGUUAAUACGGAUAGACACUAUGUGGGUCCAGUUCCUGGUGUUGAAGUGGGUGAUGAGUUCCAGUACAGGGUGGAACUAGCUAUUGUUGGAAUUCAUCGCCUUUACCAGGCUGGUAUCGAUUCUAUGAUUUUUGAAGGAAAGAAGGUUGCUACUAGCAUUGUUGCUUCAGGGGGAUAUGAUGACGAUAUGGAGAAUCCUGAUGUCUUAAUUUAUUCUGGGCAAGGGGGAUUGAAAGUUAAAGAUAAGGAGCCACAGGACCAGAAACUUGAGAAAGGUAACUUGGCAUUGUUUAAUAGCAUAUCAACUAGAAAUCCUAUUCGGGUAAUCCGUGGGUCGAAGGAGAAAGACAUUGAUUCACAGGACUCAAGGGGGAAACUGGUUACUAAAUAUGUUUACGACGGUCUAUAUACGGCGGAAAAUUUUUGGAAAGAAACAGGGAGUCAUGGUAAGUCGGUGUUCAUGUUUAAAUUGAUUAGAAUGCCAGGCCAACCUGAGCUCGCCUGGAAAGAAGUCAAGAAGUCGAAAAAAAGUAGAACGCGGCAUGGAGUACUUGUUGAUGAUAUUUCUGGAGGGAAAGAGCCAUUUCCAAUAUCUGCCAUGAACACAAUUGACAACGAAACUCCUCAACCAUUUUAUUAUAUUAAAAAAGUAAGGUAUCCUGAUUCGCUCUAUCUGCGUCCUGCAAAAGGUUGUGAUUGUGUUGGUAGAUGCUCUGAUUCUCGAAAGUGCUCGUGUGCCUUGAGAAAUGGAGGUCAGAUCCCUUACAAUCAUAAUGGUGCUAUUGUUGAAGCAAAAACACUUGUAUAUGAGUGUGGACCUCAUUGCAAGUGCCCUCCUUCUUGUUUUAAUAGAGUCAGCCAGCACGGAAUUAAAUUACCACUUGAGGUAUUUAAGACGAAAUCAAGAGGCUGGGGUGUGAGGUCCCUAUCUUCUAUUUCGUCGGGAAGUUUUAUAUGUGAAUAUGUUGGAGAAAUUAUCGAGGACAAGGAGGCUGAAAAAAGAGUGAAUGAUGAGUAUCUGUUUGAUAUUGGACAGAAUUACACUGAUUGUUCUCUCAACCCAGAUGGAUCAGAGAGUUCAGAUCAAGCCGUGGAAGAAGGUGGCGAUGGCUACACCAUUGAUGCGGUUGAGUUUGGAAAUGUUGGAAGGUUCAUCAACCAUAGUUGCUCACCCAACCUUUAUGCACAGAAUGUUCUUUAUGACCAUGAUGACAAAAGGGUGCCCCACAUAAUGCUUUUUGCUGCAGAAAAUAUUCCUCCACUGCAUGAGUUAACUUAUCAUUACAAUUAUGUUGUUGAUCAGGUCCAUGAUUCUGAGGGGAAUAUUAAGGUGAAGAGUUGCUAUUGUGGUGCCUCUGAUUGUACUGGGAGAAUGUAUUAG